AAACUGCAAACACGGCAUAUUUUUUUUAUAUUUAAACACACGUAUUUCUUAGAAAAGUACAUUCUUUUCUUUUCGCGGCGGCUGCACAUUCAAGAUGGCGUCGUACCUAUACUUUCUGUUGCUGUUUCCCGCGCUGUCACUCGCAAGAAUAGAUGUCAAAAUAUUCGGUUUAUAUGACGGAAUCGAGAAAACUGUUGUUAUCGAUUUCAAUGGAUCAGAUACUGAAGUUAUAUCGGAAACAGAAGAGAAAACAUUCCAUUUAAAUGAGGACAGAUUAAAAAUGAGUGCAGAAAAUUUCUUCGGGAACAAACCAAGCGAUGUUUUCUUACACAGUCCAACGCCAUUCGGAGAUUUAUACCAAACAUACAACUGGGACGAAGUGAAACGAACAAUGAAACCUAAAAACGGUAGAAUUUUGAAUAUAACGAACGAAAUGAGAACAAUAAUGAGUAAAAACUUCGUGAAUACCGAAACGAAACCGAUUACUUUCAAUAUCGGAUUGAAAAAGCAUCUAGAAAAUACCGUGUCAUCGUUUUGGACUAAAAAUGGCGACCUCACUAUGAACAAAGGGAUAAAUUACGCGAUUUAUUUAGGUAAUGAAACUGUUACUUAUACGUCAUUAUGGGGUUUAAAUACAGAGAAAUCUGUUACGACUGUUAUUGGUUCUGAUGAUAUGCAGAUUUCAUUAUUACCCGGACAAUCAGUGACAACAGAAUUGCGAGCUAUGCAGUUAAAUUUGGCCAUAGAAAUGGAGUACAUGACCAGUUUAUCAGGAUCCGUGGCUACUAACUAUAUGGAAGGUUACAAAGGUCAUCAUUACUGGGCGUUGGAUGUUGAUGAGUUAAUGGCGGCUAACGGAAUAAAAAAUGAGGUUAUGUCGACAGAAACUAUAGAAAUGAUUUUCUAUACAAACCCUCAAAUGGUAGUUUUUGAUACGAAAACGGGUGAAAAAAUGACUGAUUUAAUUCUAUAA